AUGCCGUCAUCAAUUAAAGGCCCAGGAGCUUCUACGAAGAAGCAGACGUGCUUCAUCAAAGGCCCAGGACGUGUGGGCGAGGAUGAUCGCGGCCACAAGACUGCGGUGCCUUCGCUCCGAAUGACGCUGGCCAUGGUAUUGGCCGCGUUACAUCUGCAACCUGGACGCACUAAAUCUACAUUCUACCCACACUAA